CUUGUUCGCCCAGCCCUGGCGCCCAGAUCGAGAGAGCGCGAUGAGCAAUCAUUCGACCCCGCCCUUCGACCCUCGCUUUCCCUACCAGAACCUGACCCGCAACUGCUACCAGAACUUCCGGGACUUUCACCGCUGUACCAAGAUCCUGAAGAGGCCCGGCAAGGACUCGAGCCCCUGCGACUACUGCCGCAAGGUCUACCACUCCCUGUGGCCGCUCAGCUGGCUGCAGCGCUGGACGGACCAGAUCCGGGAGGGGACGUUCCCCGGGAAGAUCUGAGGGGCCCCCCGAAAAAUCCUCGCAGCCGGCAGGCUUAACAAGAAGACUUUUAUUAAAAAACCAGUUGCAAACUGCCCGUCA